AUGAACGUGUGGGCUACCGGCAGGGACCCCGCGAGGUGGGACAACCCGGAGGAGUUCAACCCGGACAGGUUCGAGGGGAAGGACGUCGACUUCAACGGGACACACUUCGAGCUUGUGCCCUUCGGCGCCGGCCGGAGGAUGUGCCCCGGGAUGGCCUUGGGAGUGGCCACCACAGAGUUCGCGCUGGCCAACCUGCUCUACUGCUUCAACUGGGAGCUCCCACGAGGCGUGAGGCCCGAGGACGUGAGCAUGGAAGAGGCCGGAGGGCUCACGGUCCAUAAGAAAACGCCGGUUGUGCUCGUGCCCACCAGAUAUAAGUGCAAGUGUUAAUGGUCAUUGUUGAGUACUAUUGCUUCUAUAGUGUUUGUGAGGCUGACAACAAUGUGAAAUGUUGGUCAUCAAUAAAGGAUAUAUUGGAGCACUUGUGUGGAAUAUAUAGGAACUAUUAUUAUAAUCGAGGUUGUAGGUAAUGCAUGAAU